GUACGGCAAUGUCCACAUCACUGGACCAGUAUUGUUUUUGAUCUGGCACAUGAUGGUAACCAAACAAAAAUGAAAGCCUCAUGAAUGCCUUCAUUUGUUCGAUAUCCACAGGCUUCAUUCCUCUGUGCUUUUGUUGGAUGUGUAAGUUUGUUUGCAAACUUAACUUUUCAGUAGCACAAUCAGGUGGUAUUUCCGUGAGAAUAAUAUCAGCUACUGUGUUCUCUGCCACAAAAUGCUGUAGUACUGGGCCCACUUCUCUUGUACAAUAUGGCAGACUGUUUGAUAUUGUUGUUUUAUUCCAUUUCCUUUCAUAUUCAAAUAUAGCGGCACAUCACUGUUACCGAAGUAACUUUCGGCAAGUUGUAUAAGUCCAAUUUUGAAGUUGUACAUUCGUUUGAAAUUCUCAACAACAUGCAGCAUCAUCUUUGUCCAGUUCUUCAUGAGAACUGCUCUUACUUUGUGUAUCUACAUCCAGGGCUAGAUCUCCAGAGCAGCCUGUAUCUCUUCCUCUGUAAAGUAUCGCUUAUAAUGUCAUUACUACCUACGAAAUAAAAAUUUCAAUAGAUACUCGUAUGACAACAUAUGUAUAUACAAUACUAAAAUGAAGGUGUUGAUAACGGUUAAUUAUAUUGCUUUCUGGUACAAGAAUAAAGUGUUGAAUCCCUAAAUUUUUCAUCCUACACUCAUCGUUACGCCCAGUCAAGUUUCUAACUGUUAAUAUGCUUGCGGUGUAGAACUGCUCUCUGGUAACAUAUCUUUUGGACCAGUAUGCUACAGAUUAUGCAUAGACUUGUAAAUUAAAACACAGAAUUAUGUUAUGUCCACUACAUAAAAUAAUAACCUGAAUAGGACUUCCAAACUGCAACAAAUCCA